CGGAGUUUUUCUUUUGGAGCGGUAUUAAAGGUUUGAUUCUUUUGCAGAUGCUAUGCUGGGUACAGACAGGUUUUUGGAUGUUAUUUGUGUGUAGGGGAUGUCGAUGGUAUAGCUGCUUUGUGCAUUUUGUAAUGUGUUUUGUUUUCGAAAUUAUUAUUCGUUGAAUACAACAUCUUAGCAUUAGCUUCAGAACAAGUAUCACCAUGUAUUGUCCUUCGACUCGUAUUGUUUGAUUUAUCUGAGAUUUGGAGAAUACUAGAGUAUAUUUUUAGAUGAAUUCUUUUUCCGUAGACGAAUUGAUGCUAUCGUUUGAUGAGCUAAAACCGUUCAGCGAAGUUCUCCACGAUGAUAUACAGCUGUAUAGACUGCAUAAGCUUUAUAAGAAUCUAGACAAGCACGAUGAUGAUGCUCUUUUACGACAUAUCUUAGUCGUUGUUUCUUGCAUGGAAGAUUGUCUGCAUGCUGAUCCGCCCUUGAUAAAAAUGCUUCAAAAUUGCCUCGUCGAAAUGACAUCGCUCAUCGAAAAAACAAAAGAAUCAUCUUCAAAGAAUCUUCUUGCGAUCGCGACCGGAAUCCUUUUCAAAUACAGCGCCGCGCUGCUGCAGAUACAAGAAGAUACUGACUUUGAACUUGCUCUUUUCCUCAAUGCUAUUGCAUAUCACUACCUCAGUUCUGCGUUAUCUACGGAAGCAGACGUUUCUGCAUGGAUCGCUCUACACACGCUUGAAGCAGGCGCAGCUAUCACGUAUGGUUAUGUCGUCGAGAAUGAAGACAUCGAACUGUGCACAAGGGAUGAUUUAGCGGAGUUCUGUGUGGACAGUUUGAUACCAUCCGAUGGUCGCAUUCAAAGGCUUCAUGCUGGAGUGUAUCGUGAUGCCAUUGCUGCUGCACCAACGGUUUGGCCAACUAUCACGGUCAUGCAAGUAAGAAAGAUGUUUGAAAGACUAACACCGGUGCUCAGCAAACCUGAUGUUUUGCGGAUUAUUGUGUGGAUGAUAGGACAUGAUAGCACUUUCGAAGAAUUAUCCAUAUUCGACAGCCUACUCAUGCGAUCAAAUGCGCUGAGUAAAAGUAAUGAUCUUGAUUCUCCUAAUCUCAGUGGUACAGAUGUCAAGUGUUUCUUGUUUACUUUAUCGCUCUGGAGUGACUCCACAACAGAUCCAGCAGUGGUGCCAGCUCGUUUACGCAUCAGAGCUGAUCAGAACAACUGCUGGAGAGCUAUUUGCCAGCUACUUUGCAGCAACUCUGGAAAUGAAAGCGUAAAAAGUGUUUUACUGCGAUCUCGAGUCAUAGACUCCGUAAGGCUGCGUCACCGUGUCGUAUCCCUAAGGAGGCUUUAUGAAGUAUUUCGAUGGCUCGAAACUCAUAUAAAGAAUCAUCAGUGGUUAAUGUUGUACGCCACUGCAAUAAAUGAAGUAAUAACGGGUGCACCCUCGCAUCGCAGAAAGUGUGACGAUCUGUUCCCGGAUGGAGUGGAUGAUGAUGCAGAUAUGUCAGUCGAUGAAGUGGAUCGUAUCGAGGAACAUGUAUCAAGGUAUAUAGCCUUACAGCAUCUAUCCAAAAACGAAUUCACUCGUGCUGAGCAUCUGUUGAUUUAUGCGAACUCAUUCGAAAGCAAGAAACUGCUGUUGAAAGUUUAUCGCAAAUGGCUCGAGGAAGGAACUCUAGAAAAGCAGGAACGUGAUCAGCUUUCCAAGCGUGUGCGAGAGCUUGAGAUUGAAUGUUGCGAGGAGGAUCUAAGAGGACGUACCCCAUCGACGAACUCUGCUGCUUCGAUUACUUCAGCUGAUGAAACUGUAGCUUCCGCCAUCCCACCUGGUACACGAAAGAAUUUGGUGGAUGCUUGUACAAAUACUCCUAGUCGUGUAGACACGUCCACAUCCUGCGGUGACGACGCCUCGUUCUUCUCUGCCAAGAGCGAUAGAAGCGGUGCAGUAAUGCAUGAAGAAUCUUUCGCGAGUGCCGUUGCUAGUCCAUAUGCUCCUUCUUCGGGAAAACCGCCACUAUUGCCGACAUCGCAAAUCGUUUCCACUACUCCGAUUGGAUAUCAAGAUCAUGCAACGCAACAUCCCGAUGGUAGCACGUUCACAUCAGCAGCGAGUUCUACGGCUCCGACCAAAGCCGAUGAUGCAGUUCACUUUGGGAGCAUAGGCCAUCCACAACUGACUGCUACGAAACCGGUCAUUGCAAGCUCUCCCAGUUCGUAUCGAAGUCCCCCUUUGGCCCACCGGUGA